GCCGGCAACAGACGCUCCCCGCGAGGGCCGGCAGCUUGCGGGGAGCUGGGGAACCGCCUGGUACGCGGGGCUGCGUUUCUCAGCAGGUAGGAGGCCGAGUCGGGCUGCCUUUGGCCGGCCGCCUAUCCCAGCACUGAGCUGGUGACUCCAGUCGGCCCGGUUCUGGGCUGCUGGGCCGCUGAAGAACUCUAGCCUGGGCUUUCAAAGUCCCGAAAACCGCUCCUGCUCUAGCUCCGCCUCUGAUUUGGGAUUCCGAAGCUGCAGUUCGGAGCUGGGAGGUGUGCAUCGCCUCUCACCCUGAGUGAAUAUCCCGAGAAAAAUGUCUAAUCAAGAGGAGCAGUUGAAUACUCAAGACACAGUUGAUUUAAUAGAAGAAAAUGAUGAAGCUGUUGAUAUUAUCAAUAUCCCAGUUCCCUCAGAUGCACUGGAAGAAUCAGAACCAACUGAAGAAAAUAGAUCUGAAGCAGAACAGUUCAGUGCAGAUCGUGAAACACCUGAAGAGCAAAGUCACCGGAGUGUCACAAGUCUGGAAUCUAAUGAAGAACAAUUCUCGGAAGAGGCUGUGUCCCCAGGACAAGCUUCCAGUUUUCUGAGCCAUGAGGAAGAGCAGCAUGCAAUGGAGCUGGAUGAACAGAAUCUAAGUUAUGAAAAUCUGGCUUUUCUGGAUAAAAUAAGGGCUCUGAGGCAGUCUUUGAAAAUAUCAAGUAAAGAGUCUUCAGCACAAGUAAAAGUUGUACUUAUUCCUGUGGGUCAGGAAACUAUAAUAUUUUUUAAGGUUGAUACCAUUUUAAAAUAUCUUGUGGAUCACUUUUCAAGAUUAUUAGCUAUCCCAGCUUCUGAAUUGCAGAUACAUUGUGCAGGUAAAAUUCUUAAAAAUAAUGAGACUCUCAUACAACAUGGAAUUAAGCCACAGGAAAGUGUACAACUGGAAAUCUCUUCUCUAAAUCCAGAUCUGUAUCCCAUCAAAAGAAUACCUAAGUUAAAUGAUGUCUCUCAAAUCAUAAGUGUCAUUGUACAAACUGGCACUGAUCAGUUCCAAGAGGUCAUUGUUCACAUUGUAAAAUCUGACUUUCAUAAGCCAUUUCUUGGUGGAUUUAGACAUAAAAUAACAGGAAUAGAAUAUCACAAUGCUGGAACACAAACUGUACCUAAAAAGAUUCCUGAAAAGCUUAAUAUAUUUUGUAGGGACACACAGACAGUUUUUGAGAGAAAAAAGAUCCAACAAACUGCAAAUACAACAUCCACACAAAUGACUAAAAUUGGUGUGUAUGUAUCAAACAUCACAGAUAAACUUAAAACACCAGGAAAGUAUUUUUCAGCGGCAGAAUACCAUGCUUGGAGAUUAAAGGUGGUCAUUGUAAUACAGACUUACUACAGACGAUGGCAUGCUAAACUCUUCACAGAGGAUUUAAGAAGACAGAAAAGGUUGAGGUUGGAAUGGGAAGCACAAGAAGAACUAAGGAAAAGAAAAGAAAAAGAAGAAUGGAUGCAACUAGACUAUUACCGAAGGCAUAAUCCUAAAACAAAUGAAGAUUUUGAACUUCUUUAUAAUGCACUGGAAUUCUGGCGGAAAGAAGAACUUGCACGCAUUAACCAGUAUCUUACUGGAGCAGAAAGGAAAGCUGCUUUAUGCGAACUUUUGGAAAAAGAAACCCAGAUAAUUGCCUCCAUUGGGAGACACAGACACAUAGCUCGUAUGGCAACCCAGGAAGAAGAAAUACAAGCUUUUUUGGAUAAGUGUUCAAGUCCAAAGGUGUGGAGAAGAUUUGAUGGCAAAAUAGUUGAGAUGGAUACACAAUUCACAAUCAGAGCCAGAGAGUUGCAAAACAUCUAUAAAUGCAUCAAGCUACAAAAUAUCUCUCAAGAUGAGCGAUUGGAUAUACUUUUAACACUUAAGCACACUGUGAAGGAACAUGAAUGUGAACUGACCCAGGAAAUCCUAGAAUUGGUUGACAGAGAAGUUGACCUUAUGAUGAGAGGAGUCAAACCUGAGAACCUUGAAGGACUCAGAAAAAGAAUUGCAACACUGUUUUUUCAUUAUAUCAAAAUACCUAUGUUUAAUCCCGAAGCUGCUAGAUACCUUAAGAUCCCUCAAGACCCACUGAAGUUUUAUAAGAAGAUUUACUUUUGCCGCAGUUGCCAGCUGUACCUGCCUUCUACAGAAUUUGCUGUGUCCGCGACCUCACGCCACGUGUACAAGUGUCGUAGCUGCGUUAACCUUGAGAAUGAGGCAAGACGACGAGAGUCAUUUUUGAAAUAUAAAUGCUUACUUCGGCGGCUCUACUCUUCAGAAGCCAAUUACGACGACGAUGCUCAAAUCGCGUUCUUGAUGCAGCUCCAAGAUAUUCAAUACUUGAUAGAGAACAUCUGGGCAUCCCAGUCUGUGCUCAGUGCCUGGGACGAUCUCAAUGACCUGGUCAUGGUUAGAUGGGAUAAGUCCUUGGAGUGGUCCCCUUGGAAUUGCAUUCUUCUCACCAAAGAUGAAGCAGCUGCUCAUCUCAAGCUAGAGAGUAUUGAAAAGGGAUAUAAACCUCUGUUUGUUCACAAAGUCAAACACAAACAUAUUCUGGCUAAGAACUACUUCUGUCAGAUCCCAGUGCUGGCAUCAUUUAUAGUUGAUGAUGGCGAAAUAGAAGAGAUCAGAAGUAAAUAUCAUGUGGAUACAGCACCAAAAAUUAUACAGAUCCAGAAGUCCUGUCCUUAGAGGAUCCAGAAAUAUUUGUUUGAUGAUACGAAAUUUUGUUCACUGCUGAUAGAGUAAUACAGAGUUCACAUGAUAUGGAAAUUUUUUCUGGUUUUUUGUAGUAUUAUAAAUUAUAUGAAGAGAAAACAACCCUAUAUGGAUAGUUGAUUGUUAGGCAGUUAAGUGUUAAGUUGAACUGCAGUAUCAUUACUGAAAUUAACAGGUAAAAGAAGACAUUUUAUUUUUACAUAUUUCCCACACUUAAAUUUUUUAAACAUUUAAAUCUUUAUACUUAAAAUAGAAACAUAAAGCAAUCCUACUCCCAACUUUCAAUAUAAUUAAUCUCUUUAAAAUAAAAUAUAAUUGCAGGAGAGUAGUUAGUAUAAGAAUGAGAAGAAAUGUAGAGUUCUCUCUUGAAAACCUGUACAUGUAGGUUAAAAGACUAUAUUUUAGUGCAUGGAUUUGAAUAUUUGCCUUUUAUUCUCUGCAUUAGCCUUGUACCCUUCUCAUAUUUCAAUAAAACAACAAAAACUAUUUUAAAAAAACACCAAAAUCUUCCUUCUAUGCUAGGAGGCAGGAUAAACUGUGGAACUCUUGUCCUGUGAGGAGAGGAAGCUCUCUGGGGCAACACUGAAACUAUGCCAAAAGAAUAAACUUGAUCAAGUCAACUAUAAUAACAUCCUUCUCAAUAAACCAAGGAAUAACCUUGACUAUGAAUCUGCCAGGCACCUGUGAUGGUGAAUAAUGGUGACCAAUUGGUCUUAACAGGAAAGAGAUGGCACACUCAAACAGCGUAAAUCAAGAGUGCUUUAUUUACAAAAGGGCUUAUCUUAAAUUGUGUGCAGUAUGUAAACUAAAGGAAUAGCAUAGGCAUUCAUAGCUGAUAUCUUAUUUGCCAUAACUGCCUCUGGUUUUAAAUAAACUUGGGGAGAGAGAAGUCUGAGAACCCAGAAAUAUAGGAUAAAGUAGAUAAUUAUGAUCAGUGAUGAGUUGUCAAGGGAACAGCCAAUCUUGGGGAAACAGAAAAAAAAAAUACCCAAUUUCAUCCAUCUUCCUGCUUCUACUCUCCUGCUUGGGUUUCCCAUUGGCAGAACCCAAAAGGAAAGCAGAAAUCAUAAUUCGUAUGGCUUCCAGAAAAAGAGCAAAGUAGAAAAAAGGUGUAGUAG